AUGGGCAGCCUGUGCCGCCUCUAUGAGGAGACAGUUACCCGACUACCUAUGGCAGUGGCUCUUCCUCCUCCCCAUCACCAGCCUCCGGACGUGCACCUCUCCCUCAAGGGGAUAGCCAAGCGGAGAACGCCAGCCGCAGCCCUGCGGCAGGCGGCAGCCUGCAAGCUCCAGGCGCAGCUGGAAGGACACUUGCUCGUGUUCAUGGAUGGUUCGGUCCUCCCGAGCGGCGAGUCGGCGGCGGGCGGCGAGCCCGGGACCAAUGGGCUAGCGCGGCGCGGACCCGGGGGCCGGCCCGGGUUCCGCCUCCGCGCCGACAAAAAGGGCCGCGCUUUCGAGUGCGCGCAGCAGCCUGCUUCGAAGGACCGCGGCGCGUCGAUCUUGCACCCCGAGACGCCAAGCGCUGUGCCGGACCUUCGGACAGCAGCCCAGCCGCGCGCAUCCCCCGUGUGUGCACAGCAACGAGACAGCCUCGAAGUAAUGGACACGUCGCGGAGCCUGCUGCUAAGCCUCGCCGCUCUGGCCCUGCUGGGACCCGCGGUGACGUCAGCCUUCUACCGGGGAAGGCCUGGCAGCAGCCUGGCGCUGGCCAAGAGGCUCGAGACCGAGCUCGCCGAGGACGAAGAGUACACCGCGCUGCCGGGCGCCCUGGAAGCAUUCGAGUGGCGCUCCCGGUUCCCACCGGCGGCGUCGCCGGACAUCAGCAGCUUCUACCCUUUCUUCAGGCCCGCGUCCCUCGCCAAGAAGAAUAACAAGGACGCACCCCGGUCUCUGGACCCGGCCGGAGCGAACCGCAAGUUCCAGACGCAGGGAUGGAGGCGCUGAUCACGACGAAGCACCGGACACUAUACAUUAAAGCUCACGUUUG